CGUGAAGUAAUUAACCCCCCAAAAAUUAAAAAAAAUGAAUCAGCUACAAGAGGGUGCCGACACCGGAGGCUGCGGCUCUCUGUGCCUCUAAACUGCUUUAAAUCCUCUAACUAUUCGUUUCGAGAAAUUUUUAUCAUAUUACGUUCAGAGUUCAAGAAUCACCAGACCAAGACAUACGAGAGAUACAAAUCAGUGUUAUUCGGUAUUACUUGACAGUGCUUUGCCAUUGUGAAUGGUAAGAAAAUGGGCAGGGAAAUUAAGAUGGAUAACUUGGAAGAAAGUGUAGUGAAGAGGAUAUCGGAGAGGCUAUCGACUCUCACAGAUCUCCAUUUGCCACAUUCCAUGCGUUCAAGGCAGGACCCUGUUGCCCCCGCCGAGAUUCAAGCUUUAUUAAACGAUUUGCUUUCUAGAGAUGCCGCCCUUUUCUUAGAACGAUAUGGAUCUAAGUUGAAUGUGGAAGAGCUACAGGAGUUUGAGGUCCUUAAAGAUGAUUAUGAAGUUACUUGGCAUUUGAAGCAUAUUAAGAGUUUCCUAGUUCCUACCAAAGAAGAGAGUAGAUUACAAGCAGUUGUAGCGAAGAACCGUCGGCUUGCAUACAUGAACAGACUUAUUGACGAAGGACAAUAUUUUUCUGAAGAUGCCAUGAGAUCUAGAGCGCCCUUUUUACAUCAUGAAUAUGUUGGGAAAUACCAGGAUCCAACUCUCAGGGGUUUCUCGCGACCUGGGGAGCGUUGGUCAGAGACACUUAUGCGACAAUCAGAAGAAGCAAGGAUAGUUGCAAAGAUUAAAGAGGAGCAAGAGCGUCUGGGCAUUCAAGAGGAAGAAGAUCAAAAUGUGGAGGAAGAGGAUGAAGAAGAGGAAGAGGAUGAAGAAGAAGAAGAGGAAGAGGAGGAAGACUCUAAAAAUGACGAGAAUAUUAUGCAUGCAGACCCUAAUGCAAAUGAUGGAGUUGCUGGCAUUGAUCAAGAGAAAAAAUCAGCAUCUGAACAAUUGACGUCAGACCUAAAAAGCCCCAAAAAAAUCCUGUCAGGGGAAGAGCUACAAGAGAAGAUGGAUCAUUUUACUCGUAUUAUGCAGGAGAAAUUCCUUUGUGGAGAAGAUACAGAACAUGUAGAUUACGCUAAUAUAGAUAAUAAUGUUGCCUUGGAUGAUCACUGGUUAAGAGAGAUCUCCCAGGAUGCAGAGGAAAAGUAUUUCGAAGAAGAUGAUUGAGGGGUAGUUGCAUGCUUCUGUUAAAUGGUGUUAUGUUUGUUUUUGUGCUUUCUUCUCUUAUCUCAUAUGAUAUUAUUUGUAUCAAUGUAAAUUUUGUAUAAAAAGUUUGAUUCUGGACCUGAAGAGCUUCCUUAAUUUACAUUUAAUGUAUAUAUGUAAUCUAUAUCUGUAAGUUACUGUCAUUAAGAAGUUUUAACUUUAUAAUUUAACUUUUUCUACAUAUUAACAAUAACAAAAUAGACUACAUUAACAUGU